CGAAACUUCCGGUGACGUUUGUGGUUAGCUCCGUCGACUAUACACCAAAUUGGAAGCACUACAAUACUCCUCACACUCAGCUCUCUCUUUUGGAAUAAGAAUGGUGAAGAAUAAUGGAGCUUAUAGGCGUUUAUAUAGGAAGGGAGAGUGAGAAGAAGCCAUGGGAGAGCCUUGGAGAAAAAGUUCAGGAAGCUGAGGAAACUUAUCAGGCUGCACCUAUUGAUGAACACUUGAUGCAAAUAAAAGCAGUGGAUGCUCAAUACAGUCAUCAACUCCACCUUGAAGAACUAUUCUGGAAACAAAAAGCCCAUGUACAGUGGGUUGUGGAUGGGAACAGAAAUUCUAAAUAUUUCCAUGCUUUAGUGAAAGCCAUAAGAAGGAAACUAUAUAUUCAUAAAAUCAAAGGCUCUGAUGGUAAUUGGAUUGAGGACCAUAAACAGAUUUUUACCCAAGCUAUUGAUUUCUUCCACAAAUUGUUUUCUGAGGAACAAAGGGGAGAGAUUGACUAUAGUCCUCUCACUCACAUCACCCCUCUAGUCUUUGAAACUGAUAAUACUCAGCUGGUUGCUACUCCUACUAUGGAUGAAGUUAAACAGGCAGUCUUUGAUCUCAGCCCCAAUAGUGCAGCAGGUCUAGAUGGUUUUACUAGUUUGUUUUAUCAAAAAUGCUGGGAUAUUAUAUCCUUGGAUGUGUAUGAUAUGGUUUGUGCUUUCUUUACUAGUGAUUAUAUGACUAAGAACAUUGCACAUUGAAGAAAAUAAUAAGAGGGAAAAUAUUCUGUAUAUUGAAUUGUUCUGCUAAGUACAAGGAGUUUCUCCUUUAUUUAUAGGAGAGGAUAAAGACCAAAACACAAAAGGAAUUCUAUUCCUACAAGGAAACAAAUCACUAAAUAUGAACAAGGAAACAAAUCAAGAGCAAUCCCACUU